GUUUGUAUCUGCAGCAAAAUGCUUAGGAUUUUUAAUUUUCGCUUUGGGUAUCGCUUAUAUUCAGUGAAAGCGGCUAAGAAAGAUGCAAAGAGAUAUACAGACACCAUUAACCUGCCAAAGACCAAGUUUCCCAACCGCCUGAGCUCAGCAAAACGUGAGGAACAGGAGCGUUUGAUUUUGGAGAAGAAGAUCGCCGUUUCCUAUGAGUACCAGGAGCAGCAUUUGGCUGGGAAGGGGGAACCCACCUUUGUCCUUCACGACGGACCGCCCUAUGCCAAUGGACAACUCCAUAUGGGACAUGCGGUUAACAAGAUUCUGAAGGAUAUUACCUUGCGCCAACGGGUGGCACAUGGCCAGCAGGUAAGCUACAUUCCCGGCUGGGAUUGCCAUGGCAUGCCCAUCGAACUAAAGGCCACCAGCACGGCUCCUGGUCAAAAUGCUCUGGAAAUUAGAAAGAAAUCUCGCUCCUUUGCCUUGGAGGCCAUCAAAUCGCAGAAGGAGGAGUUCAGCAGCUGGGGCAUCUUGGCCAACUGGCAGAAGGAUAAUAUCUACAUGACCUUCCAGCCAGAGUUCAUAGUCAAUCAGUUGCAAAUGUUCCACCAUCUCUAUGAGAAAGGACUGGUCUAUCGGGAUUUAAAGCCAGUUUACUGGUCACCAUCAUCCAGGACAGCCCUAGCUGAGGCGGAACUGGAAUAUGACCCCAAUCACAUAAGUCCCUCGGUAUAUGUGAGAUUUGCUUUGAGUCCAAGUGCCUUCAACGAAAAAAAUAAGAAAAUAUAUGCUCUUGUAUGGACCACAACUCCUUGGACGUUGCCGAGUAACCAAGCCAUUUGCUACAAUGCCUCCUUGGAGUAUGUUCUAGUCAGACUAUCGGAUCACAAACCGGAUGAGCUAUAUCUCCUGGCCUCAGCGCUUGUGGCAGACUUUGAGGCUAACACCCAGUUGAAAUGUGAAAUAGUCCAGACAGUUAAGGGCAACUCAUUGGACAAGCUCAGCUAUAAACAUCCCAUAGACAAGGAUCAGUCGAAUCUGCCCUUCUUCGAUGCUAGCCAUGUGCAGGAUAGCAAGGGUACAGGAUUGGUACACACAGCUCCUGCCCAUGGACCCGAAGACUUCCUGGUUAGCCUGACCAAGAAAAUACCGGUAAAAUGCCUGGUGAAUGAGGAGGGUAUUUACACAAAGGAGGCUCCCGAGUUUCUGCGCGGAAAAUCGGUACUGGAACAGGGAAAUCCUCUUGUGCUAGAACACAUAACCAACGAUGUGGUAUGCUCUUCCACGAUGGAACACUCCUAUCCCAUAGAUUGGCGCACAAAGCAGCCUGUGAUAAUUCGCGCCAGCGAACAGUGGUUCAUCAAUACCGAGAAGCUGAAGACGACUGCUGCCGAUGCCCUGGAGCAGGUGGAAAUCUAUCCCCGAACCAAUGCGGAGGCGAGCAAGAAAGCAUUGCUUACCCAGCUCCAAAAGAGGCCAUAUUGGUGCAUCUCCAGACAGCGGGCAUGGGGAGUUCCUAUUCCCGUUUUCUACAGUCGGGAGACGGGAAAAGUGGUACUCAAUUCCGCUCUGAUUAACCACCUCUGUGAUCUGUUGCGCCAAGAAGGAUCGAUAGACUUUUGGUGGGCCAAGUCGGUGGAUGAACUGGUUCCCUCUAAUAUACUCAAAGAACUGGGCUAUAAAGCCGAAGAUCUCGUUAAGGGCAGCGACAUAUUGGACAUCUGGUUCGACUCGGGCAGCACUUGGUCUGCAGUGCUGAAGAAGGAUAAAGUAGCCGAUCUUUACUUGGAGGGAUAUGACCAAUUCACCGGAUGGUUUCAAUCCUCCCUGCUCAUGAGCAUUGCAGCCCGAGGAACUGCUCCCUACAAGGCGCUCUUUGUACACGGCUUUACAGUUGAUGAGAAAGGUUAUAAAAUGUCUAAAUCGCUGGGGAAUGUCAUUUCUCCAAAGCAGAUUACCAAAAAGUACGGAACAGAUGCCCUGCGGUGGUGGGUGGCCUCUCAUGGAACCCAACACAUGUCCAUCACGGUCAGCGAUAAGUUGCUGCAGCAGGCGGCUGAAAAUCUGAGCAAGGUUCGUGGCACCCUGCGGUAUCUAAAGGGUGUGAUUGGAGAGAGGCAAACGGACAAGGAACUGCUACUAAAUCUCGAUAAAAGCUAUCUUAAUAGGUAUUUGCUGAGCCAGUUGGUUGAGUUUGAAUCAGAGGUGGAGCAACUUUACAAGGCAUACGAGUACAAUCGUGUAGUGGCCUGUGUUCAAAACUUCCUUGCUAAUCAGGUGUCUGCCAUCUAUGUGCAUCUGAUCAAGGAUCGCCUAUAUUGCGGCGACGAUCGGGAGCUGCUUGCCAUUCGUCAGACGCUUACCCAAUGCUACGAACAGCUCUGCAAGAGCCUAUGGCCCAUUGUGCCCUUCCUGGUGGAAGAAAGCUGGAGCUACUACGACGUUGAAGGAGGAGCAUUCCAUCAGCAGAAAGUUCAAGCUAAAUCAGAAUGGAAGGACUCUGAAGCCACUGAGGUGGUAAACGCAGCGCUUGAUGUGAAACGUCUCAUUAACCAGCAAGCUGGCGAGGUCAACACCUGGCACUUGGCGGUGACCAUCAAGGGAAGUAAGCUAGAUUUGCUACAGAAAUUGCAAAACACUCUUGGAGAAUCUGUGAGAAAUUCGGAACUAUGUGAGAUACUGCAAGUGGGUUCUGUUACGAUCCUACAAUCCGAUAAUCACGACUUGGAAAUAGCUCUAACUACACUCCAGACAUCGCUGUGCCCACGUUGUCGUCGCUACAGUUUAGAAGACAAUGGAGAGCAGGAGACUUGUCAACGUUGCUCCGAGGUAUUGGAAGCAAGAAAUUAAUAUUAGAAUAUGUUGUUUUUUAGGUCUAAGGAAUACAUUUAUGUUUUUAAAAA